UACAGAGACUGACGUCACUCUCCUGCGACACAGGAAAACAACAAACCGUGAAAACAGUGAACGGACCCGUCCUGUGAUCGAUCAUCUCUAUUUAAAGACAAACAAUGGAAUAAACCAGUCAUCAGUUUAUCUUUAUAACAUAAACUAACACCCAGAGAGGAGAUUAACAUGGUCCCAACUGGAUUAACAUGGUCCCAACUGGAUUAACAUGGUCCCACCUGGAUUAGAACCCUGAAGGACCACAAGGAGCCGAAGAACUGAACUACUGUUUCUACUGAUCGCUCCAUUGACCUCUGACCUCGUCCACCAUGAGCUCCAGGGUAUGCAGGACCUGUGGGGGGUCGGACAUCGAUGUGGAUCAGGCCCGGGGCAGCGCGGUGUGUACCGGCUGUGGUGCUGUUCUUGAGGACAACAUCAUCGUCUCUGAGGUCCAGUUCGUCGAGGGGAGUGGAGGAGUUUCCUCUGCUGUGGGACAAUUCGUUUCUGCUGACGGUCCAGUCAAAGCUCCCCUUCUUGGUUCUGGUUUUCACACCAGUGUUGGGAAAGAGUCCAGAGCUCAGACUCUGCAGGGCGGUAAGCGUCAGAUCCAGCAGCUGGGCAGUCAGCUGCAGUUGAACCAGCACUGUUUGGACACGGCAUUCAACUUCUUCAAGAUGGUCGUCAGUAAACACCUGACCAGAGGACGCAAGACGGAGCACGUCAUCGCAGCGUGCCUCUACCUGGUGUGUCGCACUGAGGGGACGCCACACAUGUUGCUGGACCUGAGUGACCUGCUGCAGGUGAACGUUUACAUUUUGGGUAAAACGUUUCUCCUCUUGGCUCGUGAACUCUGCAUCAAUGCUCCCGCCAUCGACCCCUGCCUGUACAUCCCUCGUUUCGCUCACAUGUUGGAGUUUGGGGGGAAGACUCAUGAGGUUUCCAUGACAGCUCUUCGUCUGGUUCAGAGGAUGAAGAGGGACUGGAUGCACACGGGACGUCGUCCCUCUGGACUGUGUGGAGCAGCUCUCCUGGUCGCUGCUCGGAUGCACAAGUUUCGUCGUACAGUGAAGGACGUGAUCAGUGUGGUGAAAGUGUGUCAAACCACUCUGAGGAAAAGGUUAACAGAGUUUGAAGAAACGCCCACGAGUCAGCUGACCAUCGACGAGUUCAUGAGAGUGGACCUGGAGCAGGAGUGUGAUCCGCCCUCCUUCACUGCAGCGCAACAAAAAACAAAGAUGCAGCAGCUGGAACAGGAGCUGGCAAAGAAACUGGAUGAUGUUGAAGGAGAGAUCAGCUGCUACAAAGACGAGAUUGAAUCGGAGCUAGAAAAGAGUCGACCAAAACUGAGAGGAAUCUACGCCGCCUACGCCAAGGAACUGGAUCCAGAGGACGCGGAGGUUUUGUCCAUGGCCUCUGAACCCGAUGUCGAACCAGACGUGGAAGAGGACGAGUUCCAAGCUGCUGCCCAACACCUGACCCAGGAGUUCUUGGGUCAGGUGCUCCAGGAAGAGGAGGGGCUCGGGACCAAGACAGGCGUCAGCGCGGAGGAGGCGGGUCCAGAAAAAGAGGAAGCUGUUCAUCAACGACAGGCGGCCCCGCUGGCCAUCAUCCUGGGGAAGCUGCCGACGGCGGCCAGUCUCCAGCCGACCUUUGACGAGUCAGAGAACAGCGACAAACCUGACGACGAACAGUCCGAGGGGGGAGAGCUGGACCUGGAGGGUAUUGACGAUCAGGAGAUUGAAAAGUACAUCCUGAAUGACAGGGAAGUCCAGGUGAAGACCGACCUGUGGAUGAAACAGAACGCUGAUUACCUGCAGGAGCAGAAAGAGAAAGAGGAGCGGAUCAAGAAAGAGAAGGAGCAGGGUACCUACAAAGAGAAGCCAAAGAAGUCGAAGAAGAAGAAGAAGGAGCAGGAGGCGUCGUCGGCCGGCGAGGCGAUCGAGCGGAUGUUGGAGAAGAAGAAGAUCUCGAGUAAGAUAAACUACGACGUACUCAGAGACCUGAACAGCAGGGGGACAGGAAGUGGAGGGGGCAGCAGUCCCAGCAGACCCCCCUCUGAAACACCUGACACACGCAAACGACUCAACCGCCGCCGCCGCAGGAAGACCGAUGACGCUAACCGAGACCUUGCUGCUAACGCUAGCAUCAUGGGAAAGAGGGUCCGCCUCCUCAUUUCCUCUGCACCAAAGAAGAAGAAAACAGCCCAGCAGCCUGUUGACCAGGUGACGGACCAGGUGCCAGACCUGGUGACGGACCAGGUGAUGGACCAGGUGACCGACAAGGUGACUAAGGAAGAAAACCUGGUUACUACAGAACCAGAAACCACAACAAAGACCACAUCUGUAGACCCUCAACCCCAAAACGUGUCCGUCCCCGCAGCCCCCCCUACGGCGGCAGAGGAGGAGGAGGAGGAGGAGGAAGAGGAGGAGGCCGAGGCUGAGGCAGAGGAGGAAUGUGUCUCCGCUCUGCAGCUGGUUGGAGAUUACGGCUGUGAGGAGGAGGAAGUUUUCUAACUGACUGAUGGGUUGAUGAAGUUUCCGUCCGUCAAGGAGGAUGUUACAAAAUCAAUAACCAAUAUCUACGGAAGAGGAGAAUGGCCACUGAAAAACAAAAUCUGACAUUUAUUCAACUUCUGAUUUUAAUCUCGGAAUUCUGACCAUAGUCCGAAAAUUCUAACUAUAAUUUCCAAAUUCUGACCAUAAUCUCGGAAUUCUGACUACAAUCUCGGAAUUUUGACCAUAAUCUCAGAAUUCUGACUUUGACCUCGGAAUUCUGAUUUUAAUCUCCACAUUUUGACCAUAAUCUCAGAAUUCUGGCUAUAAUCUUUGAAUUGUGACCAUAAUCUCAGAAUUUUGACCAUAAUUUCAGAAUUCUGACCAUAAUCUCAGAAUUCUGACCAUAAUCUCAGAAUUCUGACCAUAAUCUCGGAUUUCUGACUUUGACCUCGGACUUCUGACUUUAAUCUCCAUAUUCUAACUAUAAUCUCAGAAUUCUGACCAUAAUCUCGGAUUUCUGACCAUAAUCUGGUAUUUUCUGACCAUAAUCUCGGAUUUCUGACCAUAAUCUGGUAUUUUCUGACCAUAAUCUCAGAAUUGUGCCCAUAAUUUCAGAAUUCUGACCAUAAUCUCAGAAUUCUGACCAUAAUCUCGGAUUUUCUGACCAUAAUCUCAGAAUUCUGACCAUAAUCUCAGAAUUCUGACCAUAAUCUCGGAUUUCUGACUAUAAUCACCAUAUUCUGACUAUGAUCUCAGAAUUCUGACCGUAAUCUCAGAAUUCUGACCAUAAUCUCGGAUUUCUGACUUUGACCUCGGACUUCUGACUUUAAUCUCCAUAUUCUAACUAUAAUCUCAGAAUUCUGACCAUAAUCUCGGAUUUCUGACUACAAUCUCGGAAUUUUGACCAUAAUCUCAGAAUUCUGACUUUGACCUCGGAAUUCUGAUUUUAAUCUCCACAUUCUGACCAUAAUCUCAGAAUUCUGGCUGUAAUCUUUGAAUUGUGACCAUAAUCUCAGAAUUGUGACCAUAAUUUCAGAAUUCUGACCAUAAUCUCAGAAUUCUGACUUUGACCUCGGAAUUCUGAUUUUAAUCUCCACAUUCUGACCAUAAUCUCAGAAUUCUGGCUGUAAUCUUUGAAUUGUGACCAUAAUCUCAGAAUUGUGACCAUAAUUUCAGAAUUCUGACUAUGAUCUCAGAAUUCUGACUAUGAUCUCAGAAUUCUGACCAUAAUCUCGGAUUUCUGACUUUGACCUUGGACUUCUGACUUUAAUCUCCAUAUUCUAACUAUAAUCUCAGAAUUCUGACCAUAAUCUCGGAUUUCUGACCAUAAUCUGGUAUUUUCUGACCAUAAUCUCAGAAUUGUGCCCAUAAUUUCAGAAUUCUGACCAUAAUCUCAGAAUUCUGACCAUAAUCUCAGAAUUCUGACCAUAAUCUCGGAUUUUCUGACCAUAAUCUCGGACUUCUGACUUUAAUCACCAUAUUCUGACUAUGAUCUCAGAAUUCUGACCAUAAUCUCGGAUUUCUGACUAUAAUCUCGGACUUCUGACUUUAAUCACCAUAUUCUGACUAUGAUCUCAGAAUUCUGACCAUAAUCUCGGAAUUCUGACCCAAAUCUCGGACCUCUGACUAUAAUCACGGAAUUCUGACCGCUGUCUCAGAAAAAGUCAGACUACUGACUUCUUUUAAGGCUUUUGAGAUUAAAGUCUGAAUUCUGUCCGUCUCAUAAAAAAAGGUUUAAUUUUUUUUAAAUGGUCCUAAUCUUCGUCUGUAAAUAUUAGUUUUCAAUGAUUGUGUAAAAUAAGCUUUUUAAACCGUGGUAAUGUUUUUAUUUUAUUUUUUAAUGAAAUUGAAGUCUUGUAUUUGAAACCGGUUCUCUUCAUGUCUUCAGUUUUUGACCGUCCUAUUAAUUGAAGAGGUCUGCUCAGAGGGUCUCCGGUUGUUUACACUGUUUGGAUGCUUUUAUUGUUGUUCUUUGUAAAAUAGAAAAGCUGUAGAUUUUGGAUGUUUGUGUAUUUUUAUAUCUGUGUUGUGUUUCAGUGUAAAUAUGAAAGUUCACAUUCCUGUAAAAUAUCACAGAAAGCAUUUUAACAGUUAAAGCCGUUUAAACGUUCUCAAACACGUUUCCUCUUUUUAGUUUUCUUCUGUUUGUUUUUUAUAAUUAUGAACUGAAGCUGAGAGAAUAAAGAAAUGUCUGAAACAAA